AUGUUACCCUUUGGAGGUAACACAGUAGAUCCAACAAAACACGAAUUAAAACCACACACGGGCUCACGGAAGAAAUCAAAAUCAAUGCAGGCAUUAGACAAGGGGACAGCCUCAGUCCAUGCCUAUUUAAUCCCACAUUGCCCUCGUGAACUCCCCAUCCGAGAAACAUCCUUUAACGUGCCUCAAUACUACAAUGAUGUUCGGGAUUACUACCAUCCAUACGACUACCAUGGCUCUAUCGAAUCUUGCUCAUGCAGUUCCGGAUCCGACACUUCAAGGACCACUUUUCGAGGCCCUUGGUGUGUCUGCAUAGUCAUAUGCGUAAUAGUAGCGACGUUAACAGCAGGUUUAGGUUUACCAUUAGCUUUAGGUCCCCAUCUGCCUCCACAAACAACCGAAGAACGUUUGAAUUUGGUCAAGAAGCUUCUGAAAGAACAACCUUUGAUAGACGGCCAUAACGAUCUGCCCUGGAAUCUUAGAAAAUUCGUUCACAAUAAGCUUUUUAAACUUAAUCUUAGCGCUAUUAGUGAGGAGGAGCCUUGGUCUACGAGCAAGUGGUCACACACGGAUAUACCAAGGCUUCGAGCAGGCUUAUUAGGCGCUCAAUUUUGGUCUGCUUACGUGCCUUGCAAAGCCCAACAUAUUGAUGCUGUCCAAGUUACAUUGGAACAGAUUGAUGUUAUCAAAAGGCUGGUAGAUUUUAAUUCGAACCAUUUUUCGUUGGUACGUUCUACGCAAGAAAUACGCAGCGUCCAUAAAGAGGGGAAGAUAGCUUCCUUGAUAGGAGUAGAAGGUGGACAUGCUUUGGGAAAUUCGUUAGCUGUGCUAAGGACCUUUUAUAACCUGGGAGCCAGAUAUCUCACAAUCACCCAUUCGUGCGACACCCCUUGGGCUACGGGGACCAACACAAAGACCCAAGACGGCCUUUCGGAAUUCGGAAAAAGCGUCAUAAAAGAGAUGAACCGUCUGGGCAUGAUAGUCGAUCUCUCGCACACUUCCAUGAACACUGCCAAGGCGGCGCUCAACGUAUCCCGGGCGCCCGUUAUUUUUUCCCAUUCAAGCGCCUUCUCGUUGUGCAACUCGUCCCGAAACGUCCCGGACGAUGUACUGAAACUCAUCGCGCACAACGGCGGAGUGAUCAUGGUGAAUUUUUACAAUUACCAUGUUACCUGUAACGAAACUGCCACUAUACAAGACGUUAUUAACCAUAUUAACCACAUUCGGUCCGUUGCUGGCAUCGAUCAUGUUGGAAUAGGAGCAGGAUACGACGGAAUUAACAUGACACCGAGCGGUCUAGAAGACGUCUCAAAGUACCCUUACCUAUUCGCCGAACUUCUGGCCGACCCUUCAUGGACCGAAAAAGAUGUUAUCUCUUUAGCAGGCUUGAAUUUGCUGAGAGUAUUCGAACAAGUGGAAGAAAUUAGAGACAAGUCGAAGAAACAAGAGAUUCUUCCGCUCGAAGACAACAUUCCACCUAUGCAUAAUCCCUGCUCUUCUUUAUACUCUUGACGACGGUUGUACAGGUUUUUAGGAUAUCAAAGGUUAAAUAAACUGUUUAAAUUAUCGUUUGACUAAAAUAUGUGUAUAUUAUUGCGACAAUAUUUUCGAUCGGUAAAUCGUAUAUUAAAGUAAACGUUUUGGUAUAUACUAAAAAUGUGUGUGGUUCAUUAAAUCGAUCUUUGCUUGAUUGAAAAAUACUAUAAACUAAAGUUUUCUAAAUCAAAUUAAUAUAUUAAACCACAUUAUUCGACAGAAGUUUAUGUGCCAUUUUUUCUCUCCUCUUUAUGUGAUAAAAGAUAAUAUGUUUUAAAACAUUUUGGAACAUGGAUCUUUCCCUUAUGUUACUGGAUAUUUUUCCGUAUGUUUGGAGUUAUCUUAACAGUCUUCUUCUCCUUAAUGUGCCUAUCCGUGAAGAAAGUUGGCGAUCAUCAUCGCAAUCUUGUUUUGUCUGCAGCAAUGUGGAAAAGCUGUGCAUGCAAAAGCUGCAGAGAUGUUAAGUUGAACCAGGUUUUGAGGUUCUUUAACCAGGAUGUUCUUCUUCUUCCUGGACCUCGUUUUCCAAAUAUUUUUCCUAGUAGAUAUGGCUUGCAGGGAUUGUAGAUUAUCUUUACUGGCAACUAUCAGGAUAGCAUCAUCUACAUAACAAAGUUUUCUUAUCCAACGGUUGCACAUCUUAACCUUCGUUUACACUUUCAAUCAGUUGGUCCAUUAUUAUGUUAGAAAGAAAUAGGAUAAGGCUAUCUACCUGCCUGAUGUGAUAACUAAACUGUAAGUUAUGUUCUUAUUCUUGUGUUAUUAUUAAUAUUAACUUAUAUUACUAGGUUUAUAUGAUACUUGUUAACACUCUUUUGAUUUAAUCAGUCAACUACACCCUAAAGCUUUACACUGUCAAAAAUGCUUGCUUCAGAUCUACAAAACAUGUGUACAUCACCUCAUUGAAUUUCUCCUUUCAAUUAAAAUAGGCUAAAUAUUACUUCUAUCGUGGAUCUAUAGGUCUUCAACAUUACAUCUUUAAAUUACAGAAUUAAAAGAGAAAAAAAAUACAGAUAACCAGCUUUGCAUGAAUUAUUAUUAUGUAUUUAUUAUGAACAUUUCCACCAAUACAGAUCAUGUACUACAGAUGUAGUACAGAUCAUGUCGGUCAAAAUUUAGAAAACGCUGGUUUACAAUGUCGAUGUAAAAAUUCGUUUUUUGGCGGGCCACCUUAACUAAUCGAGGUGUAAAUUUGACUUUCUUAGAAUAUAUCCAAUUAAUUUUGUUUCUACAGUACAUUAACAGUCACAAUAGAUCUUUUUUUAGACAAUUAAUAAUAGUUUCGCAUUGUAAAGUUUCUCUUAAUAAUUCUGUUCUUUUAGAAUAUUUUUGUGUACUUAAUUAGAAUUCAACUUUUAUUUGUUCCAUUAUCACUCCUAUUUGUAAUCGGCUUCGAUAUAAGUGUUCUGAAAGCAGAAAUAGAGGCGGUGAUAAAAAAGUUCAAAUUCAGAAAAACAGCAGGAGAAGAUGAAGCAAGAAUGAGACACGCAAAGAAAUGGGAGAUGUACGGAUUGAAAUAGAUAAUGCUUAGAAUCUGCAAUGAAAUCUGGAAUACUGGAAAUUGGAAAAAUGACUGGUAUAAGCCCACUUUUAUUCCUAUAUAUAUAUAAAUAAAGUUUCACCGACAGAUUGCAACAAUUACUAUACAGUAGCAUGCAGUAGCAAUAUCCCAUGCGAACGAAGUAUUCCUUACCAUUAUCAAUGAAAGACUAAAAUCAGUACGCUUACCACAGAUUCCCCAAGAACAAAGCGGAUUCAUCGCAGGUAGGGACAGAGGAGAGCACAGUCUUAAUAUUCGUCAAAUUAAAAAAAAAUCCCGAAAAUUGAUGAAAAAUGUGGCAUAUACUUAGGUAACAAUUUCUUUUUUCGAUCCUAUAUCUAUAUUUUCAUAUAUUUCUAUAAAACAAAUAUAAAAAUAAUUAAAAUCUCUGAAAAAUUAAGGUGAUUCGCCAAAACAGGUUAAUAUCAUUCCAUUUUAAUUAUUAUAAAAAAUACCACAAACUUUCACAUUUCCUAAUUAUAAGAACAUGAAUCAUAACUUUUUUUGAGUAUAUUGAAAAUCAAAUAAACAAGAUCUGCUCUGCCGUGCUAGGCCCAAAGGCGGUAACUAACAUUUGAAAAAAUGGUGGCAAAAUCGAUUUCAAAAUUGAAUGCUACAAUUUUGGCCCGUUAGGGAUUUAUGGACUAGCUAAUAGAUUUAAU